UUGUCCUUUCUCUUUUUUUUUUUAGGUUUCUUCAGGAUUUUUCCUUUCUUUCUCGAGGGUUCACACUUGUUGUUCACACCAUCUCCAUAUAAAUCCUUUCUCUUCCUCUAUCCAACUUUUCUUCUUUCUUUCAAACAUCCAUCUCUUUUCAGAUUCAACAAUCCUUUUGGUGGCUGCAAAACAAAAACUAAUCCUUUCUGCGUGUGAUUACUUGUAAUGGAAGGACACCCUCACCAUCAUCAUCAUCAUCAACAACAACAACAACAUCUUCAACAGCAGUACCAAUAUCAUCAUCAACAACCUACCAGCAGUGUUAGCGUCGAUGCCGAUAGAUUCCCUCAAUGGAGUCUUCAAGAAACGAAGGAUUUCCUCACGAUCAGAGCAGAGCUGGAUCGGAGUUUCUUGGAGACCAAGAGGAACAAGCUGCUUUGGGAAGUUAUCUCUACCCGGAUGAGGGAAAUGGGUUAUAAUCGCAGCGCUGAACAGUGCAAGUGCAAGUGGAAAAACCUUUUCACUCGUUACAAGGGAUGUGAAAUGAUGGAAGAAGAAGCUAUGCGGCAACAGUUCCCAUUUUACAAUGAGUUGCAAGCCAUACUCUCGGCAAGGAUGCAAAGCAUGAUGUUGUCAGAAACCGAAGGAGGGGCGACCGGGUUGAAACGGAAGGCGGCGGUGCAGUUAUCUUCGGACGAGGAAGAAGAUAUCAUGGAGGAAAAGGAGUUAGAAAAGAGUAGCGUUAGAAAGAAGAAGCAAGGCAAAGCCAGUGGUGCAGCAGGAAGUACAAGCGGGAAUAGUACUAAUAGCAUAAAGGAGAUUCUAGAAGAUUUCAUGAGGCAACAAAUGGAGAUGGAAAUGCAAUGGAGGGAAGCGUUCGAGGCGAGGGAAACCGAGAGGAGAUCGAAGGAGAUGGAAUGGAGGAAGAAGAUGGAAGCAUUAGAGAACGAAAGGUUAUUAAUGGACCGGAGAUGGUACGAAAGGGAAGAGCAAAGAAGAAUAAGCGAAGAAGCUAGGGCUGAGAAACGAGAUGCCCUUAUCACAGCACUGUUAAACAAGCUCAGAAGAGAAGAUCAUCACAUGUAGAGAACUACUACAAGUCUUUAUUUAUUCAAAUGUUUUAGCAAAAGAUGAAGCUCUAUUCGAGAGGUUUGUCCUAGAACUCUUGUUUCUACAUAUAGGAAAUCGAUAUGUUCUUUU